AUGACUUUUGAGCGGUUGAAGAACUUUUAUGAUAUAUUUCAAAAAGAUAUUGAAGAAUUAAAAUUCCCCGAAGAAUUAGUAAAAGUAAAUAAUCCUAAGCUAAAGGAUGAGAAUAUUAUAUAUUAUAAAAAAUGGGACUAUCGUGAGAAGAAUGUCACUUACCCAACUAGUUAUCGUAAGAAUGAAAAAACAGAUAUGAAAGAAAACAUUUCUAUUAAUGAGAAGAAGCGUUUUAUAUUUUUAUUAAGUUCAGUGGGAAAAGAAUUGCUCUUAGAUAAUUUAUUAACAACAUCCAGAGACAAGAAAAAAGAAAACGAUCAUAUUUUUGGAAAUAAUUUUUUAGUUAUAAGCAAGGAAAGUAAUAAUAAUUAUUUAACUCUUGUUAAUACAAAUAAUAAUUAUAUUUAUGCUCUGAUUGUAAGGAAUCCAAAUAUUUUCAUUGAUCAUAUUUAUUGUCCAACAAAAGGAAAUGAAAAAAAUGAAAAAAAUGAAAAAUAUGAAAAAAAUGAAAAAAAUGUAGAAAAUGAAAAAUGUGAACAAAAUGUACAAAAUGUAGAAAAUGAAAAAUGGGAACAAAAUGUACAAAAUGUAGAAAAUGAAAAAUGGGAACAAAAUGUACAAAAUGUACAAAAUGAAAAAUGGGAAAAAUAUGAAAAAAAUGUUAAAUAUUCCUUUGUUUAUUCUUUAUAUAAACAUUAUAAUGAAGAAGUAAAAAAAAAAAAAAAGUAUAAGAACACUUUGGACUAUUAUAUAAAUGUAAAUUUUGUAAAAGAAAAAUUUAAACUUUUAAAAAUAAACACUAUCAAUAUAAGUGAUCUUAUAUGGAAUUUACAAUUCUCUAAGGAACUUUUAAAAAACAAAAUAACAAACUUGAACCAUGGGAAUUUUCUAUGUUACAUUAUAUGUCCUAAUGUAUUGAAUAAGGAAUAUAAAUUAUAUUUAUAUAAUAUAAUAAAAAAUGAAAAAAAAAAAAAAAAAAGUCUAACAGAUACUAUUUUUUAUAUAGUAGAAGAAAAUGAUAAAUAUUUGCAUGAUGUGCCCAGAAAAGAAAAAAAAAUUUAUGGUAAAUAUAAGGAGGAGGAGGUGGAGAAAAAAAAUAAAAGAUAUAACAAUAGUGAUGAUAAAAAAGGAAGUGAUUAUGAACAUGUUAAUUUAUAUAAUAAAGAAGACAAAACCUUAACCACCUUACAAUAUAAAAAUAAAAAGAUUCCCACAUCACAUGAUAAACUUAAUAAACAUAAUAUAACAUUUUAUAAACACAUAUCAUCCAUAUUAAAUUUAUUACAUGAAGAAAAUGAAUUGUAUUUACAUAUGUAUAAUUUAGAAACAUAUACACGUAUAUUUAUAUAUAAUUGUGAAGAAAUGAAUAAGAUUCAUUUUUUUCAUUUCUUAAAAAAAAAAUAUAAAAAUUUCUAUAUACAUAUAGUAAACUUGAAUACAUUAUUUGGUAUAUAUUUUAAUGAAACUGAAAGGAAUAUUUUAAAAGUAUUUAAUAAAUGUAAAUAUAUUUUAAAAAAAAAUAUUUACAAAAAUGUAUUUUUAAUAAUAGAUGGAAUAGAUAUUGUAGCAAACAAUGUUCAGAAUCAAUUAAUAAAUGACAAUGAUCAUGAUAAACAUAAUUAUUUUAAAAAAAAAUAUAUUAACAUAUUAAAUGAUGAGAAGGAAAGAAAUAAUGUGCCCUUAUCUCCUUCUUCAUCUCCUAACCAAAAUAAUGAUCAUAGUCGUAUAUUAACAACAUUGUUAUUAUGCUUAGAUAGUAUAGAUACUAUAAAGAAAGAAAAUAAAAAAAACACAAAAAUAAAAAUAAAAAUAAAAACUAAUAUAAAUGAAAGACAUAAACCAAAAUAUAAUCCUCAACAAAAUAAGGAACACAUAUCGAAUUUGUCUUUAGAGUCUGAUCAUUAUAGUAGUUCAGAUUUUUUUGAAAAGGGUUCUCAUGACACAUAUCUCUUUAAAAACUCUACAAAAGAAAGAAACAAAACAAAAAAAACAUCAAAUUGUUUAAUAACUUAUGAUUUUAAGAAUUUACAACAAAUAUAUAAAGAAAAAUGUAUCGAAUUAAAAAAAAAAAAAACAACAAAUAAUAUAAGUGUUAUUAUGUUAAGUGAUGUGCACAUGAAUCUUUAUAAUAUAUCCUUAACAAGGGCAGGAAGAUUCUUCCAUUUUAUCAAUUAUUUAUCGGAAGUAUAA